AAAAAUAAUAAUGAUAAUAAAUGAGAAUUAGGUCAUUUUGUUGCCAUAAAUACGGGGCCAUCGUUUCCUACUGCGUUCGAUUGUUUUCUUCCUAGUUAUCUCCGCAGGGUUUCCUCGUUCUCAUCUCCUCGGCGAGUCAAGUGCGGGACCUAAAUCCAGAGCUGCAAUGGCUGAUCAGAACCGGAACCCGACUACUGCCCAGAAGGUAGCUAACCAGCUACACCUGAGCUGCACUCUUUCCCAGGAUACUCAUACCCGGAGCAAGAUUUCUUCGAUGUACCAGGUGCCAUUUGCUUAUGGCAAUUAUUCGAAUCCUGGAUUCCAAUCUCCCAUGACCUGCAGAGCUACCCAGGAUCUGUCCAAGAUUUCUUCAAAUGUCUCGCCAGUAUUUGUUUCUACUCCCAAAGAGAAAGGCUUCACUGGUUUUGCCAUUGAUUUCCUAAUGGGUGGAGUUUCUGCUGCUGUGUCAAAAACUGCCGCUGCACCUAUUGAACGAGUAAAGCUUCUUAUCCAAAAUCAAGAUGAAAUGAUCAAGUCUGGAAGGCUGUCUGAACCAUAUAAGGGAAUUGGAGACUGCUUCAAGAGGACGAUUCAGGAAGAAGGCGCGAUGUCAUUGUGGAGAGGAAACACUGCUAAUGUCAUUCGAUACUUCCCCACACAGGCCUUGAACUUUGCUUUCAAGGACUACUUCAAGAGACUCUUCAACUUCAAGAAAGACCGCGACGGCUACUGGAAAUGGUUUGCUGGUAACCUCGGAUCUGGCGGUGCUGCCGGCGCAUCCUCGCUGCUCUUCGUCUACUCCUUGGAUUAUGCUCGUACUCGUCUCGCCAACGACGCAAAGGCUGCAAAGAAGGGAGGCGAGAGGCAAUUCAAUGGCUUGGUUGAUGUCUACCGAAAGACCUUGAAAUCUGAUGGCAUUGCCGGUCUUUACCGCGGUUUCAAUAUCUCCUGUGUCGGAAUCAUCGUGUAUCGUGGCCUGUACUUCGGAAUGUACGAUUCCUUGAAGCCUGUGCUCCUCACCGGAUCAUUGCAGGAUAGUUUCUUUGCUAGCUUUGCCCUCGGUUGGCUCAUUACAAACGGUGCCGGCCUCGCAUCCUACCCGAUCGACACUGUCCGAAGAAGAAUGAUGAUGACAUCAGGCGAAGCCGUGAAAUACAAGAGCUCGCUAGAUGCAUUUUCUCAAAUCUUGAAGAACGAGGGCCCGAAAUCCCUGUUCAAGGGUGCUGGCGCUAACAUUCUUCGCGCCGUUGCUGGCGCUGGUGUGCUCGCUGGCUACGACAAACUUCAGGUGAUCGUAUUCGGGAAGAAAUAUGGGUCCGGUGGAGCUUAAAUUAAAGAUCAUUUGAUGAUUUAGAUGUCGAUGAAAAAUUUCCCUCCUUAUUUCUGCUGAGAGUAAUUUGCGGAUGCAUUUGGCGGCCCAGUUUUGGCAACAUUUUUCAAUAAUUCACAGUUGCAGGGUUUGUAGGUACGAUCUUGAUCCCUCUUACCCAAAACAUUUUUGCACACACAUUGAAUUUACAGAUUGUUUUGAAUUUUGGUGCUUUAUUUGAAUUGGGCUUUUGUUCUUUCUGAAUUGUCUGAAA